UUUUGUUCUUGUUUUAUCCGGUACUGCCAAGGUAUACGAUAACAGCAUUAUGAUGCAGACAUUCAUCAAGACUGCAUUCACCGACAUUCAAACCCGGGAUGUGAAUAAAUGUCUUGGUCAUCUCGGUGUAGGAACCAGGGUGAAGUUUCUUUAAUACUGUAGCUCGACUUUUCCAAGACGGACCUGAAUAUGAACGACGACGACGCCUUGCGUCGAUCGUUCCACCGACUAUCUCCUUUGCGGACUUAUACUCUGUAGUCCCGAAGCACCUAUUCCUCAAGUCGACCUCUAAAAGCCUCUUCUACAUCCUUAGGCAUCUGGCCGUAACCUUCCUCUUCUACUUUUUCGCGACUAAGAUCGACAUAGUCGUAUAUACCGCGAGCCGAUGGCGAGUGCUCUCCUAUUUGCUAUAUUCCCCUCAAAUGGCGUCAACGAUUUUGAAGCCCUUACUCUGGUUUUUGUACUGGGGAUGGCAAGGCUUCGCUUUUGCCGGAAUAUGGUGCCUAGGGCAUGAUGCUGGACACGAUUCUCUAUUUCCUUCUCGGAUUGAAAAUGCAGUGGCCGGAAUGUUACUGCACACAUUUGUGUUGACACCAUAUUAUGCGUGGCGUGCAACUCAUCGGACUCACCAUAAAUCCACAAAUAGCAUGGAACGUGAUGAGACUUACAUGCCUCCUACUCGAAAAGACUUUCGCCUUCCGGACGGGAAGGUGGCGGUCAGAAUGGAUUAUGCUCAUAUCUUGGAGGAGACGCCCGCUUUCACUCUAUUUAAACUUUUUGUGCGUCAAUUUUUUGGAUUUCAACUUUACCUAUUGCACAAUCGUAAAGGAAACCGGAAAUACCCUCCCUUCACGAGCCACUACCGUCCCUCGUCCCCGCUAUUUAGACCGGAGGAACGCAACUCUAUCAUACUUUCCAACAUCGGUAUCUUAUCCAUGUUGACCAUAUUGGGAGUGUACAUUCACUACAAGGGGUGGAAUGCUGCAGUCAAGUACUAUUUCAUACCUUGGCUUUUCCAGCACAACUGGAUGGUCAUGUUCACCUAUUUGCAGCAUAGUGAUCCCACGAUUCCGUACUAUCGUCGCAAAGAGUGGACUUUUGCGAGAGGAGCUUUGGCUACGGUAGAUCGACCACUGUUCGGAUGGGUUGGUAGAUUCUUCCUCCACAAUAUCAGUACGGACCACUUGGCGCAUCACUUCUUUUCUGGGGUACCGUUUUAUAAUCUCCCAGAGGUCACUGAAGCCAUCAAGCCAGUGCUCGGAGAGUACUAUAAUUACGAUUCAACGGGUGUCUUGUACGCGCUCUGGAGAUCGUUCACGCAGUGCGUUUUUGUAGAGGACGAGGGGGACAUUGUGUUUUUCAAGAAUAGAUAUGGGGAGACAGUUCUGGAUGGGGAAGGAAAGGACCCUGGAAACAGAGCAGAUGAUUAACCUCAAAACUUGCAUUCAAAUACCGUGUAACAAUUUGCUCCCCUCGUGAGUAAAAUAUGUUGAAUCUGAGAUUUCCCAU